AGACUAAUCAUCUCACAGCCUUAUAUAAGAAAGAGGAAACCAUCCACGUUUGGGAAAAUGGCUACAUCCAGAGCCCUCGUUUCCCACACAAUUAUCCCAGGAAUCUCUUGCUGACAUGGAAGCUACGUUCACCAGGAAAUGCUAGAAUACAGCUGGUCUUCGAUCAUCAGUUUGGACUGGAGGAACCAGAAAAUGACAUCUGCAGAUAUGAUUUUGUGGAAGUGGAGGAUAUUUCCGAAAUUAGCACUCUCAUCCGAGGACGGUGGUGUGGAUAUAAAGAAGUUCCUCCCAAAAUUACAUCAAAGACAAACCAGCUGAAGAUCACCUUCAAAUCAGAUGACUUCUUUGUGGCUAAACCAGGAUUCAAGAUUUACUAUUCCCUGGUGAGCAGACUUCCCCAACCUUUUGGAGUUGGCCUGGAGUGGGAGGAAGAGGGGAAAGAAAGGAUGGUACAAACACUCGUCGCUCGCAUGAUUGGGACCGCAAAGACCUAUGACACUCGUAACAAUGCUCAAGUGAGUGGGGACGCAAAUGCUCAUGAUGACGUUCACACAAGUGGGGCCAUGAACAUCCGCGGCAAAACUCACAUGAGUUGGGCCAUGAAUACCCAUAAUACUCACAGCAUGGCUCACGUGACUGGGGCAAUGAACGCCCAUGAUGAUGCUCAUGUGAGUUGGGCCGUGAACUCCCACGAUGCUUGUGACAAUGCGUGCACGUGGGGUUGUGUGCUGGCCAGCCACUCACGUGGUCCAAUGGCCAAUAGGCCACAGGCCAGUAUUGGGCUGCGGCCUACAGGUUGGGGACCUCUGUUUUAGAACAUUAUACCAAAGGAGAGUAGAAAGCAGAAAGUACAACUUAAGGUUCUACAGUCGUAUUUAACCCUAAAAAUGUCUUCA